CAGGCAUUCCCAGCUCCCCUCAGCCCACCAUGACUGUAACGUCUCAGCGCCGGCAGCCCCCCGUGGUGCCGCUCACCCUCACCUCUGAACUCCAUCUCCAGCAGUCCCCCCAGCAGCUCUCCCCCACCCUCUCCUCACCCGUCAACAUCACACAGAACAUGUCCACAGAGUCGCUGACCCUGGAGCAGCAGCUCUCCCAGCUCCCUCUGUUCAACCAGCUGACGGCGCAGGCCCAGGCUCAGCUGCUGAACGACCUCCUGAAGCAGCAGCAGGCGCUGUCGCAGGGCAUCCAGCUCAUCACCCUGCCCCCCCUGGCCUCCCCCGGGACCAACUCCAGCAGCCCCUCCCCAGACAGCCAGAGUCAGACCAGCGCCAGCAUCAGCAUCGGCUCGUACCGCAAUCAGACUGGCUCACCAGCCACUCAGUCUCCAACCUCCCCCGUCUCCAAUCAAGGCUUCUCCCCCGGCGGCUCGCCUCAACACAUUCCCAUGGUGGGCAGUAUAUUUGGCGACUCCUUCUACGAUCAGCAGUUGACAUUAAGGCAGACCAAUGCCCUCUCUCACCAGCUGGAGCAGUUCAACAUGAUCGAGAACCCCAUCAACUCCAACAGCCUUUACAACCAGUGCUCCACCCUCAACUACACACAGGCGGCCAUGAUGGGCCUCACCGGGAGCAGCUUACAGGACUCGCAGCAUCUCGGCUACGGUAACCACGGCAACAUCCCCAACAUCAUCCUCACAGUCACAGGCGAGUCUCCGCCCAGCCUCUCCAAAGAGCUGACCAACUCUCUGGCGGGCGUCGGGGACGUCAGCUUCGACGCAGACUCUCAGUUCCCAUUGGACGAGCUGAAGAUCGACCCGCUCACCCUGGACGGACUGCACAUGCUCAACGACCCCGACAUGGUGCUCACCGACCCCGCCACCGAGGACACGUUCAGGAUGGACAGGCUGUAACGUGAGAAGCUGGUCGAGAACAAGGAGAAGAAAAAAAACACACUAACUUGUGAAUGAGAGAACCAAAGGGCCGGAUGAACCCUCUCCCUCGUUGCAUGGCCGUCCAGCUGUCCGACCUCGCCCUUGACUCCCUUUGAAACGAUGCGCCACCAAAAGACAACAGGGAAAAAGACAUCCAGUGGCUUGCCGGGGAAUGGCCUCGCUGUCGUUUUGAAUGAGAUUCGUUGCUCAGCGCUUUCGCUAGCCUGCUGUGUUUACAGUGUACCAUUACAUGCCACAUAUAUUCCAAAAAUAGCACAUUUGACUUUUUUUCUUUUCAUAUCCACUUUUGUUUUGUGAUAUUGGCUCGUAGCAGGAAGCUGCUCGGACGUUGGGCUCAACCCUACCUGUUGUAGCGGCUGUAUUAAAAAACAAAAGAAGAAGAAAAACAAACCACAGCCGGUUCGCUUGUCCCAUCGUGCCGCGACGGCUUUCUAUUUCACACUCAAAGCUUUAUUUUUGACAACCAAAUGUUUUUUUCAUCAUGUACUGUAUGUUUUGAUGCUUUAUGUAGUUUCAUGUUAUUUAUUUAUUUAGUUAAAGAUUUUAUAUUCCGUUUCAUAUUUAAAUUUGAUGCCAAAAUGCUCUCUGUACGCAUAGUGUACAAUUGCACUGAUGUACUUUGUGUCUAUUUAUUAAUUACUAACAUAUUUGUAUAUGUGUUUGUUAAGCUACUUGGUUAAUGAAGGAGUGCAAAACCUCCCCAUAGUUGCUCUUUGGUGUUCGAUGUGCCAUUCUCUGAUGUAGGACUUGUAGACGUUGCCAUGCUGCAGCCCAACGGUCCAAUCUGAAUAUCAUAGUUUUAGCACAGCUCCACAAAAUGCUGCGUGCUCCAGAAAAGGGUUGGUUUAACGCCACUUGAAUUAACUUUUUCUGAGAAAAUCAUCAGGUAUUUCUAUUUAACUAGAAAGCAAGAAAACACGUCCAAAUUAAUUUUCUGCCAGUGAAAAGCCAAUAUAUAUAUCCAGACUGAGCGUCUUCUCAGUGAAGAAAGCCGUCUGUUUUUAAACACUAAAAUCUUAAAUCUUUUUAAGUCGUCACUGUGAAAUCACCUGAUUUUGCCUUACAUGAGUAUUCUACUGUUCUACUUAAGUGUCUGAUGUGACAACGUAUUUUCGUAACUUAUUGUAACAUUUUCUUGUAUUUGAGAGGAACUCAACUUUUGGUCAGUGAUAUUUGUGAUUAUGUUGUGUAAGGUUUGACAAAUCAAUGUACUGUAUUUUGUAUCGGUACAGUUUAUAGCCAAAUUGUUGAUGUUUUUUAAAGUGGAGCAAAAACACUAAAGUAAUCAAAGGAUGGGUUUAAAGUGUUUGAGAAGGAGCGCAAUUAUGGGGAGGCUUUUUGCUCCUUGACAGGGAAGCUCUAACAAAAACGCUAACGACCUUUGCCAUAGAGGUCGUCAAUAACAACAGUACCAUGCAGAGUUUAGGAUUUAUUUGUCCAUCGUUGGAUAUUGAACAGUAUCAACUGCUCUAGAUCAGGGGUGUCAAACUCAAGGCCCACGGGACAAAUCCGGCCCGCGUCUUAAUUUGCAAAGAAUAUAAUAUGUUUAUUAUACGGUUACAUGCCGCUUUAGAGAAGCACGUUGUCCAUAAACUACA